CCAACUCGAUCACUUUGCCAUCCAAACUGCGUGGCCGACAGACCGUGAUCCCCUCCACACUCCGUUUAUGACACACGGUCCUUGAUUGAUAGUGUGUUGCCCCAUUUUAUUCCAUAUUCCGAGCAUCUUCUAGAUGCGCAUCUUUACCACUAGCAUGCCGUCCUCACUGGCGGCACUACUCAUCUCAGCGCUCCUGUCCAGCAAUGUGGAGGCAGGGAGAAGUUUCUGGAGUAAGAAGUCGACGUAUCUCCUUGGCUAUGGCUCCGGCUCGGGAUCCGGCUCGAGCACCGGGUCUGGGUCCAGUUCCGGGGGCAAGUACAGCACGAGCAACAACCUCAUGAUGAAGAUGGGCUCAACCAGCAUCGAUGCGCCGGGCGGCCGAUGUACCUGGGAUGAUGUCUCUUCCGAGCCCAUCGUCCUGUUCCCCGGGGCAGAUGGAAACCGGACAUACAUCGCCAUGGGCAUACAGCUAUCCCUCAACAUCACCUCCACCGACCCCCUCUCCAUCUUUUCGUCGUCCACAAUCUACCUCUCUUGGCUGCAGACAGGCCUGCUGGCGAGGUCCCCCGAGAACCCGGUCCUGAUCUCCGAGAGCAACCCGCUCGUGCCCUUCAACAUGGCAAACCAGGGCAGCCAGCAGCCCCAGAUCCUGAUCACCCUGGUCUACGUCCAGCCGCACCCGCUCAUCAUCGGGGACAAGUUCAUGCAAGGCUUCAGCAACAUGCAAGCGGACGCCUCGCAGCGCCAGAAUUUCAACUUCGAGAAGUUCUGCGAGACGGCAUUCAUCACCAAUCUGCAGGCGACGACUUGGGUCAUGGUCAACGGCACUCACUCUACCGGAAUAGGAGGCAGCAUGGGAGGGGGCGAAGGUGGAGCAGGUGGUGGUGGUGUUGGCGGCGGCGUUGGUGGAGGAGCGAAUACCCCCACAGCGCAGAUGACUCCGAUGUCAACCCCAACCCCGUUGCCCGGAGGGAACGGGGCGGCCGGAGGAGUCGGGGGUGGUGGUGCAGGCGGUGGCGGCCAGCAGUUCACCACCGUCGUCACCACAGACGCGAACGGCCAGCCAGUGACCGUCACAUCCGCCCUUGCGGAGAGCAGCGCAAGCGCCGGAGCAGGCGGAGGCGGAAAUGGAAGCGGAAGCGGAAACGGAAGUGGAAGCGGAGGUGACCAAGGCGUGAGCUCUGUAACUACCGUAAGCACCCCCGACGCUUCCGGUUCGUCGGCAGCGAUCACAUCAACUCCCGCAGCCGGCGCUGGUGGCGAGGGCAAUUCAGCAGGAGAUGGAGGACAAGGACAAGGACAAGGACAAGGACAAGAGCAAGGACAAGGACAAGGCUCUGACGCCGGCGCCACCAUCCUAACCACCACCGACGCAUCCGGCUCGCCAACGGUCAUCAGCUCCGCCGUCACACCCGGCGCAGGGGGUGGUGUUGGCGCCGUCGGAGACUCCUCCGCAGGAGGUGGAACCCCGUUAACACUCAGCACCACCGAUGCGGCCGGCUCGCCCACAGCGAUUGUGACCACCAUUACCCCGGGCGUGCUCCCGCCCCCGGGCGCCGCAAACGGCACCGGUGGCGGUGUGGGAGGAGGAGGAGGAGGAGGAAACGGUACGGCGGCAGCCGGCGCCGGCGAAACCCACGCGGUCACAACCAUAGUGGAGGAGGUAACGCUCACCAUCGUCGACAGCCCGCAGAGCCGGUACACGUCCACCAUCACCUUCGUGUCGACCAUCUCGGCGGAGGGGGCGAUCUGCAACGAGGCCGGUGUGCCGGUCGGUACUUCCUUACCUGAUGGGGGUUCUGGCGGUGGGAAGAAUGGGACGGCCGGGACUGGGUCGGGGAUGGGGGGUGGUGUGGGAGGGGGGAAUGGGACUGGCGGCGGCGCGUCGACGCCGACUCCGGCUCCGGGCGCGGGUGAUGAGGCGAGCCAGACCCCGGGACCUGGCGGAUCACAGGGUGGUGGUGUUGGUGGUGGCAGUGGCAGUGGCAGUAACGGGGGGUCGGACGGUGCAGCGAGCCAAACUCCGGGUUCGGGUGCUGGUGGUGGAGCUAGCCAGACCCCGGGACCUGGCGGGUCACAGGGUGGUGGUGACGGGGGUUCUGACGGCGGAGCGAGUCAAACUGCGGGCUCGGGUUCCGGGGCGACUCAGACCCCGGGGGCUGGCGGAUCACAAGGCGGAGGUGUUGGCGGCGGUGAUAGUAAUGGGGGUUCUGGUGGCGGAGCAAGUCAAACUCCGGGUUCCGGUUCUGGAGCGCCCCAGACUCCGUGCGCUACGGGCGGAGCGAGCCAAACUCCGGCACCCAGCGGAUCACAGGGAGGCGCUGGCGGAUCUGGUGGCAAUGAUGGCUCAAACAACGGCGGAGGCGGCGAUUGCGCUGGUGCCGGCGGAAAUAUGACCGGCGGGUGUUCGGGCGGGUGCUCGGGCGGCUGCGGCGGCGCCAAUGGUUCUGGCGGGGACGGGGGGAAAGCGGGGAGCUCGAUGACCGCCCCAACUCCGGCGCCGGGCGGCGGCGGUAGCCCAUGCGAUGUCUGCGCCGGUGCCAAAGGAACAGAUACAAUCACAUCGACACCCACCACAACCGCGCCAUACGGAGCUGGCGUUACUCUCUCCAGGCUGACCGUGCUCUAUCCCAUCCCGCCCUACUCAAACCCGGACGACGCGGGGUCUGCGACGAGCGUAUCAACACCGAACCCGUCCGGCGGUUUCGGAACCGGCACCGGGGGGAUCCCCGCUCCCAGCUCCGGACCGAUGCCCCAGCCCAUCGUUGUCGCCGGAGCCAUGAAAGAUGCGCCGCCGGGAGUGGUUACGGCGAUGCUACUUGGCGGCAUUGCGGUGCUUUUCUUUGUGUUCUUGUGAUAGACAAAAGCAGGGUAAUGGCGUAUCCAUAGAGUGUGGUAAAAGGUUCGUUCGGAUGGGCAGUCUUGGCGCUUUGGGCCGAGGCCUUGAGGGUGCGACGGUGGCGUUCUACAGGGCUGGCGUUCUUUUUACUGCUUGUUUUCUUAUUCUUCUUUCUGAUGCGGCUGAGCCUGCAUACUCAGCAUGGCUUUCGCUAAUUUAGUGUAGUUUCGAGCUCAAGUGAAUUCCUUUGAGAAACUAAAUACCUGAAUGUUCUUUCUUCAGCAAAGCUCUCGAUCGGGAAUCUCUCUGGUGGAGCCACCUGACCAGUGCCUGGAACCUACCCCACAUCCGGUCCGUGCACAC